GACAUCGCUUCGACACCAUUGGCAGUGACACAGACAGCGACCAACUGUCGAGGAGCAGAUUGUCUUUCUUCCUGCCUUUCAGGACCAGUGGUUGCACUUGCGACCCUGAUCCGACUCUUACAGAGGACUCGGACAAACAGUCAAUCCUCGGAGGACCCACAUUUCGUACUACUCAAUCCAAAACGUCCACUUCGAACAUUCGACCAAUGGUCACGGCAAACAACCUGAAUCUCGACGUGCUCGAGUUGAUCUUUGCGUAUAUCUCCGGAAAUGAUCUCGUCGCUGUCUCCUCAGUUAGCAAGUCGUUCCUCGCUGGUGUUAUUCCGCGUUUGUAUGCCACGGUCUCUUUCACCGCAAAGCAUGCCAAACGAUAUAGGUCUGGAGGAAUAAUGUCUCCAUUCCUCACCCUUCGCAAUCACCCCGAUCUGGCUGUUCACGUUCGUCACAUCAACAUCCAUUGUACACCGUUCAUCGUGAGUGGACAAGUGCACUCGAACUUCCUUUCGGAAACGGCAGACGCACUACGGGCUUGCAAAAACCUGACAUCAUUUGUGUGUGGUUCAAGAAUCCUCCCAGCCCUGCUCGGCUCCCUGCAGGGGAAGGAACGUUUGGAGGAUAUUCACAUUCAUGCCGCGUUCACAACAACGCAAGGGGAGAUGCUGCAAAAAAUCACAACGCUACGCAGCCUGACUCUGGACUAUCCGACUUGGAAUGUUGUAGACUCGCUGACGAGAUGGGCACAGUCGCUACAGCGGACACUUAUGCACCUCACGAUCUUUAUGUCUCAAGAAGUGAAUGGCGUAUUUUUGGAAGCCUUGCUGCCGCUGCUACCUCGCCUUCGUGGAUUGCACAUCGUUGGAUGUUCAAAGGCUUCUCACACUGCAGUCAUCAAAGCUGCUACAACACAUACUCCGUCGUUGAAGGAGCUCUCUUUUACCAUAUUCGAAAAUACCCCUCCACCAAGCCUUUUUUGCCUACCUACCAUCGCCUUGCCCAGCCUGCGCCAUCUCGCCAUUGACGUGCGCCCGACGUCCGAUGCAACGGCUCUGACAAUGUCAUCGCUUUUUGUUCCACUAACCUCCCUGUCUACACUUGUGCUCAAGUUUGCAGACCGUCAGCUCCCGGUAUGGAGCUCCGUCGUUGAUGCCAUUGCUCCGCCCAGCGCCGUCACACUGCCUUUGAAACAUCUUGCCCUUAUGGACUGUGCAGUCUCAAUCGACACGGUUAAAAAGAUAAGCUCGAGAUGCAAAGAUCUGGAGAGACUGGAACUACCUCUGCCAAUCAAGGAUAUUCGAGCAUUUACCACAGCAAUAUCAGGUUUAAAAGGGUUGCAUACGUUUACCGAUGUUGGCGAUGCGCACGCAAGCCAUGGCCCGCGUGCGAGCUUGACAAGGGAUGACGCAAGAUUCAUGAUGCGGUCUUGCGUGAAUUUGAAGACGAUAGUGAGUGAUGGACGGAAGUGGACGGGACGCGAGUGUAUUUUUCUUGGUGUAACAGUCACGCCCCAGCGGUACAAGGCCGACACCACUCAACAUUGGUUCUCACCUUUAAAAGCGAAUCCGUAUCCGAUUUAAUUGUCACUGCUUGGCUUGUUGAGAUCAAAGAAAAAAUCGACGCGUAUAAUUUACGACUUACUCGUAAUUGAUGUAGACUUCUUGCUAAUGAAUCCUACCAAUGGACCUUAUUGCGCAGGACACCAGUGGACUUGAGAAACUGAUUAUGGUAUGUUCAAAGUUAGCAGCCUGCUUACUGAUGUGAUUCUGGAGCUUCUCGCGUCUGCACCACUUCAGAUUAAAGAUAAG